AUGGAGGCUACCAGUGGCUUUGCCAACGGCUUUCCCAAAGUGCCCAACGGAAAGAUUAACGGAAAGGUCUACGGCAACACCAACAGCACCAAGACCACCAUCGUCAAGACGAACAGCACAUCGACGAACGGAAAGAUGAAUGGACAGGCUGUGACCGUGAAGAGGAGGUCGACUCCUCAGAGGGGUCCGACCCUGAUCGGCCGCUCCUUUAACGUCGUCGCAAGGAUCCUGACUUGGUAUUCCAUCAUCUCCAUCCUCUUCCGCUGCCCCGCGAAUCUCGACGCCUGCGACGAGUCCUCUCCCAGGAUUUGCAAGCCGUACUUCCAACUGAAACACGCCGUAACACCCCACCUCGAGCCCUACUAUCAUACCUACGCCUCCCCCUACGUCGAGAAGGCAACCCCUUACUACAACGUCGCCAACGAGAGAGUCUUCGUCCCUACCAAGGCCUACGCCACCAAAUACGCCGGCCCUCGACUGCAGCAGGCCCAGGCCUACGGCCAGGCGCAGUGGGACAAGAACAUCCACCCGAAGCUCGCCGUCUACCAGAAGCAGGCACAGGACAAGUACGACCAGACCGUCGCUCCCCACGUCGCCAAGGCCUCCACCACCCUGGGCCCAUACUACGACAUUGCUCGCACCAACGCCCUGCAGACCUACCACGACAUCCUCCUGCCCUCGUACCACUUUGCCCACCCCUAUGCCGCUCAGGGCUACGCCGUCGCCUCUCGCUUCACCACCGAGACGGCCGUCCCCUCCGCCUAUUGGGCCUGGAACAAGACCUACAGCUUCCUCGACGCCACCGUCUGGCCCCAGUUCCGCGUUUUGUAUCUGGAGAAUGUCGAGCCCCAGCUGGCUAGGAUCGGACAGCGCCUUGGCCGCUUCAAGAACAAGACCAAGGGAUCGUUCGACAACGUCUCCGAGAGCGCCACGGCCAAAGCAUCGUCCUUCACCAAGCCCGCUGCGUCCACUGCGUCCACUGCCGCUGCCUCGGUCUCCUCCGCUAUCUCUUCUGCCACCGAGAAGGCUUCCACUGCCAUUGAGAGCGCCCACAUUCCUGACGCCUCCGAGGUCGCCCAGCACGACAAGUCGGAGCAGGUCCGCCCGCCCCCGGCCGGCGAGGAUGAGUCUGACGCCCGCAAGACCGCCCGCGAUAUUGUCGCCGAGGAUCUCAGCAGCUGGCAGUCCAAGUUCGCCAAGGCCGCUGAUGAAGGCGCUUCCGAAAUCGAAGACCGCGUCGAGGAGAUCUCCCAGCGUGUCAUCAAGGAAAAGGCCCAUGGCCAGGGCAAGACACUUGUCGCCGAGCUCCAGAAUGCCGCCAAGGCCGAGGUCGAUGCUCUGCAAAAGAAGAUAAUCAGGCUCGUUCAACAGUCGGCUGACGCCCCCGACGCCGCCCAGGAAGAGCUUUUCGCCUCUGUCCGGAAGUCUGGAUUAAACGUCAAGGAGAAGGCGCAGAAGAUCCGCGCCUGGAAGGACGAAUACGAGGCCGAAAUCGAGAGCGCCGUCUCGGCGGCCGCAGACACCCACUUUAAGAUCCUCGAGAGCAUCCGCGACUUGGCUCUCCAAAAGAUUGGAAUGAAGUGGGCCUGGAUGGACGGCAUCACCUACAAGGACUGGGCCAAGUAUCACGAGCUGAAGGACCGCUUCGACGAGUGGACCAUGGACCUCAAGAAGCUCAUCAUUACCCACCCCGGCCUGGAACAGGCACGCGAAGCCUCAAACGAAGUGGAGGAUUCCGGCAUGGCCGUCGCCCAAUCUGCUGCACAGGAACUCGCAAGGCUCAAGCAGGUUGGCGUCUGGAAGCUCGCUGCCCAGGACUCUUCCGACAACUUCGACAGCGAGACCGCGCGCCUUGCCGCCGAGGAAGCCGAGCGCCUUCGUGCCUCUGAGGCUGCUGCCUCCGAGGGCGUCUCCGCUCCCGAAGAAGACCCUCUGGAAUCGGCUGCAAGUGUCAUCGAGGACGAGUCCCCGGCCACCGACCUUGGCUCUGGCGGAGUGGCGAGCUCCGUUAGCAGCGUUGCCAGCGGGAUCAAGGAGAGCAUCAGCAGUGUCAUCCCUGCCGUGUCUUCGGCCGUAUCCGAGUCCGCCAGUAGCUCCGCCAGCCAAGCUUCAAGCGUUGUAGUCGGAAGCUCGUCUAGCACUGCUUCGCAGCCUGACCUCGCUUCCACCAUCAUUCCCGGCGACGACCAGACCUACGUCGUUGAUGCCGACGGAUCCUCGCCUGCUGGGGACGAGGAGAGUGCUGUUCUCGGUGACAAGCUGGAGGAGGAGAUCAUCUCCGAAUCUGUCGAAGGCGAGCCCGUCGCUGCCGACACCGAGACUGUCAAGCCCGCAUUCCUCGGCGCUGCUGCGCAGUCCGUCUCAAGCAGAGUGCCCAUCCUGGACGACGAUGAGGAUGCUGAGAGCGUCUCUUCUCGAGCUCAGGAGGCGUACUCUGCCGCCGUCUCCAAGGCCUCUGAGCAGUAUUCCUCUGCCAGCGCUGCCAUCUCCGCCAAGAUCUACGGCACCCUCCAGCCAACGCAAGAGAAGCUGAUAGCUUCUGCUUCCGGAGCCUAUGCCGACGCACUUGCGGCCGCCAACUCCCGAUAUGAGGACGCCGUCAAGGCUGCCUCCAAGGUCCUCUAUGGCACCGCUACUGCCAAGUCUACCCCUUCUUACGACUGGGCCAGCGUCGAGGCCAUCGCUUCUGAGCGCCUGAACGAGGGGCGCCUGUGGGCGGAGCAACAGUACGAGAGCGCCAAGAUUGCACUUGGCCUUGCAACUGCUACCCCUACCUCCCAGGUCGAGAAGCUCCUCGACCAGGCCAAGUACAACUACUACGCCGGCCUCGGUGUUGCCCAUGCUCGUUACUCGGAUUUCCUGGCUGCCGCGUCCUCGGCCCUGAACUCCGCCACCGCGACCCCCACUCCUACCAACGUUGCCGGCACGGCGUCCUCUGUUGCCUCUGUUGCCACUCGCUCAGCUGAUGCAGUGGCCUCGGGAGCGCAGAAGGAAGCCGUUGCCGUGGCUUCGGCCGUCAGCGACGGGUUCUCGGCUGCCGCUUCCAUCGUCAGCGAUUCCCUGUCGGCCGGCGUCCAGGACGUCGUCGACGCCGCGCAAGCCAUCGAGAAGGGAGUUUCAGACACGUGGGAGGCUGUCGUGAGCCGCGCCAGCAUCCAGAUCUACGGCCAGCCUACCCCCACUGCGUGGUACGACAACGCGUACAGCGGUGCCGGGCAGUUUGCGUCGCAAGCCACGGCUGCUGUUGUUGAGAGUCUCGCCGCGGCUCAAGGCCAAGCUGCCAAACAGUAUGAGGAUAUCAGCAAGCUUGUUUCUGAGCUUCUGGUUGGCAAGGAGCCCACCUACUCGGAGAGUGUUCUGGGCCGUCUGCAGGCUGCCUACUCUACCGGCCUUGCCUCCGCUGCCAGCCUGGCCAGUGCUGCUUCAUCUACAGCCUCUUCUGCUGCUUCUGCUGUUAAAAACGCUGUCAAGGAGACUGUGCAGCAUGCCCGCGACGAGUUGUAA